AUGGCGAGGAUAUUGCUCCUAAUUACAGCACUAGCUGUCUGUAAUGGUUAUCUUCAGUAUCCAGAUAAUGAAAAUGAUUUACAAGAACUGUACAGAAUAUGGAAAGGGGAAUAUGAAAAGAUUUAUGAUGGCCAUGAAGACAAGAAGAGUUACCGAACCUUUAAGGAAAACAUUCAUCAUAUAAAUCAACUGAAUAAACUAUAUGAUGGUAGAACAGGAUUCGAAUUGAAUCAAUUUGCCGAUAUGACUCCAUCAGAGUUUCAACAGAGAGUAUUAAUGUCAAAAAGAACCGCACCGGUGUUUACAAGGGACAGAUAUGCCGAAUUCGAUCAGACAAAUCCCCUUCCAGAAUCGUUUGACUGGAGAGACAAGAAAAUGGUUACAGGCGUUAAGGAUCAGGGAAGCGUGGGUACUUGUUGGGCUUUCAGUACUGUAGGAAAUAUUGAAGGACAAUGGGCCAUGCAGGGUCAUCCAUUAUCCAAUUUUUCUGUUGAGCAAGUAGUGGAUUGUGAUGGAACAGAAGAUGUACCAGAUCAGAAAGCAGACUGUGGUGUAUUUGGUGGAUGGCCGUUCCUAGCAUAUCAAUAUAUUGAACGACAGGGUGGUUUAGAGAGUUGGGAUGAUUAUGGAUACUGCUCUGGUAAUGGUAAAUGUUUCGUUUGUCCAGCUAAAGGGUACAAUAAAACUCUUUGUGGACCACCCGUGCCAUACUGCUUGAAAAAUGAAAGUUGUGAAGCUAAAAUCGAUUUAUCUAAAUUUGUACCAGGAUUGAAGGUUACUGGCUGGAAUGCUAUCAGUAAGAACGAAACAGCUAUAGCAUAUGGGUUAAUGAAGACUGGACCUCUAUCAGUUGCAUUAAAUGCUGAAAAAUUACAGUUCUAUAAAUUUGGGAUUUUUGAACCUCAUUUUUGUGACCCUUCACUCUUAGAUCAUGCUGUGUUAUUGGUAGGUUUUGGAACAGAGAAGACGUUAUUUGGUACUAAAGAUUUCUGGUGGGUGAAGAAUUCUUGGGGAGCCAAAUGGGGAUACCAUGGUUACUUUAAAAUUAAACGAGGCGCAGGAAUGUGUGGUAUAAAUACACAAGUUACUUCAGCUGUUUUAAUGAAAUAA